AUGGGUGCUCAGCAAUCCUCUGGCCGAGACCAGAGCGAAAGCUCCUCUGAGCCAGUCAAGACGUGUUACUAUGAGCUCCUUGAAGUUGGGCGCGACGCCUCUGACGAUGAGUACGCACUCUGCUCUUGGGCUUUUACUUGGGUCCUUGCUAAUCGAUACCGGGCCUCUAGAAUCAAAAAAGCUUACAGAAAACGAGCCCUUGAGCUUCACCCGGACCGAAACUUUCAUGAUGUCCAGAAUGCGACCCGUCGCUUCGCUGAAAUCCAGGCCGCAUACGAAGUCCUUGCCGAUCCCCAGGAGAGAGCUUGGUACGACUCCCAUCGCGAAGCCAUCUUACGGGGGGCCGAUCCGACCGAUUCAGGCAACAGCCCCGAGUACAACAACGUGAAGCUCACGUCCACCGAAGACAUAUUCUCCCUCAUCCGCCGCUUUGACUCUACUGUUCCCUUCACGGACGGCACUUCAGGGUUCUUUGGCAUUGCCAAGGCGACAUUCGAUCAUCUCGUUGAUGAGGAAAUCGCUGCUGGCGUCUAUGAAGUGGGAGACACUCCAGAUUAUCCUACAUUCGGCUCCUCUACCGACAGCUAUGAGCACACCGUCAAGGCCUUCUACAGCGCCUGGACCAGCUUCUCGACUUGCAAGACUUUUGCAUGGAAGGACGAAUACCGGCUCGUGGAGGCCCCGGAUCGUCGUAUCAGGCGUGCCAUGGAGAGAGAAAAUAAGAAGAUUCGUGAAGAAGCCAUACGAGAAUUCAAUGACGCAGUUAGAUUCCUCGUCACUUUUGUACGAAAGCGCGAUCCGCGUUACCUUCCAAACACACAGACAGCUGCCGAACGCCAGGAGUCUUUACGUUCCGCCGCUGCCGCUCAAGCUGCACGCUCACGUGCCGCUAAUAAAGAGAAACUAUCCGAGGCAUUCGUUCCUGACUGGGCUCAGGCAAGGGAUGAAGGCGAUACGGCCGGCCACUUCUCGAGCAGCGAGGAGGAGGAAUCAGAGGUAGAGGAGAUCGAAUGCGUUGUGUGCAACAAGAUCUUCAAGAGCGAGAAGUCAUUUGAAGCACAUGAACGAAGCAAAAAACACGUAAAGGCAGUGCAAUAUCUGAGGCGCCAAAUGAAGAACGAAGAUAUGGAUCUGGGUCUACGUGACGCUCCUAUCGCGCCCGAGAAGGCGACACCGAGCGACGAAUCUGAGGAGGGGGAUGGUACUCGGGGGCGCGGUGAAUUGGACGCCGCAAAGGGCAAGGAUGAUACAUCAGCAGAACAAAUUUCUCAUAUCGAUGAGACGGAGCUCACUGAUACGUCGUCGGAUAGUAUCGAAGAUGAUGAGUAUGCUUCGCGUGCCGAGGUUGAGCAGAGGCUAUUCGCAGUCCACAAUACCAUUACCAGGGCGAGCGAAGGCGAUGACCCAGAAGCUGCUGCUCAGGCUGUAUCAGCCAGUCUAGAAACGUUGUCACUUGAAGAUGACAAUGGAAGUGGCCAUGAGUCACAGCCAAAGAAGCUAGGGAAGGCAAAGGCGAAGCGUGAAAAAAAGGCAGCACGCCAAGCAGUGGAGGAGGCCGGAAAUAACGGUAAUACAUGCAUGGUGUGCAAUGCAUCGUUUCCUUCCAAAAGCCAGCUCUUCAGUCAUAUUCGAGAUCUCAAUCAUGCCCGGGCACCCCCAAAUGCAAAGGCCCCAGCAGGCGCUAAGAAAAAGAGACGCUGA